AUGGGGGUUCUCGACAAGGCGGCUUCAGCGUUCCUUUCAGUGGUACACGUGCUUUCAUCUCUCAGGCCUGGUGGUAAAGGACAGAGCGGUGACACAAAACUCAACGUCACUGUCCACGAGGGCAAAGUUGGUCGCCGGAGUCAAGACCAACUGGUUCUGAAACUUCGGAAGGCGAAACGCUGCAAAGAAAUCACAGUUGGUGAGCUGUCCAUCGAUGUUGCAGCCGCACUGGAGUCAGCGGACGGUUUACCACAGAAGUGGUGGUACAUCAUGGACCAACCCAACAAAGGCGGGCGGAGGAAUGAGGAAGUGUUCUUACAAGUGUCCGUUACUCUCAACGGCACGGAGGUGAAAAGUCAACCUACACAGAACCAAGUCUCAGUCAAGCCUCCCGAGGGGACCGUUGAAGCAUCAGCGCAAGGGAAGCCGGAGACUUCAUCGGAGAUGCAGAAUCACCGGGUCAAGGUGGUGACAGCUUCCCAAGAAAAUGAAGCUGGCACACCUCCAGACAACAGCGAUGAGGACAGUAAACUAUCUUCAGUCGCCGGCGACAUUGCAGACGUCAAGGAAGACUCUUCAGACAAAGCCUCAACUUCAGACAAAGCCUCAACUUCAGACACAGCCUCAACUUCAGACACAGCCUCAACUUCAGACACAGCCUCAAUUUCAGACACAGCGGACGACUUUGAAGUUUACGACGACAGAGACGUUGACGCGCAAGAGAGUGAGCUUCCGAAGGGUCUGGACCCAGCCAAGAAUUCUGAGAGGACAGUCAAGACGGAGCUGCAAGAGAAAUCUUUGCUGGAGGAUUACAAGGUCAGUGUUUCCCAGAAAAAAGAGCCGGACGCACCAUCGAACAACAGCGGCAAGGACAGCUCACUAUCAGCCGCUGUCCGCGACGCUGCAGACGUCAAAGCAGCGUCUUCAACAAGCUCGGCUUCCAGCCUACCAGCCACAGCUCCAGAUACAGCAGACAAACGCCCUGCUGUCGGAGAAGGCGAUGUCCCAGAGCGCCAUCCUUCAGUUGUCCGUGGAAAACAGAUGGAAGCACCUGACAACAGCGGCGCGGAUACAGACAGUCAGACGACAACGUCUUCUCAAGAAGGAGGAACGUCUAUUUCAAUAACCACCCCCAUCGCCCAAACACAAGGACGCAGAAGACCCAUGUUAUAA